CCUGUUGACUGGGGCGGGCCCCAGAGGAAGCCAGGCCUGACUCAGCCACAGGAAGAGCUGGCGGGUGGGGCGGCACCUCAGCCCACCCCCAGGGGAGGGGGGCUCGGGUGGGGUGUAGGUCUGAGAGGAUGUGACCACAGUGCAGGAAGCUGACGGGGCCCACGUAAACAAAGGCAGGCCCGGCGCUUGGGGAUGAGGCCUGGGCCCUGCUGAGGGGAGAGGUCGCCCCGAAGCCUGUCUGUAACCCCAGUGGGCGCUGCUGGCCCCCAGGACAGGAGAGCUGCGAACAGGGAUGGUCACUCUCUGAUCUAUCCAGGCGCCCUGCCCAGCUGGCCACAAGGACAGAACCGAGUUCCAUCCAGCCCUUGGGGACCAGUCUGCUUGGAGCCAAGGUGGCACAGGAGUCCAGCCUACCCCCAGGAGGCCCCGGCAGAAUAUGGCAGGCAUCUGCAGUGGGGACCCCCACUUCCUCUCCCCACCUGAUGACCAGGUCCUGGGGCCAGUGCUGGGCAGUGCUGUCCCCUUGAACUGCACGGCCUGGGUGGUCUUUGGGCCCUUCUGCCCCCAGCCUGUGGUCCAGUGGUUGAAAGAUGGACUCCCACUGGGCAAUGGGAGCCGCUACAGCCAGGAGGACUUCUGGGUCAAUGCCAGCUUCUCAAAGGCUCUGGUGUCCAGUGUCCUGGGCGUGAACCUGACCAGUGCAGAGGACUAUGGGGUCUACACCUGCUCCAUCCAGAACGCCAGCUCCUCCUCUUUCACACUCGGCCGAGCUGGUCCUGCAGGCCACGUGGCCGCGGUGCUGGCCUCCCUCCUGGUCCUGCUGGCCCUGCUGCUGGCGGCGCUGCUCUACGUCAAGUGUCGCCUCAACGUGCAGCUCUGGUACCAAGACGCCUACGGCGAGGUGGAGAUGAACGACGGGAAGCUCUACGACGCCUACGUCUCCUACUGCGACUGCCCCGAGGACCGCAAGUUCGUCAACUUCAUCCUGAAGCCGCAGCUGGAGCGGCGCCGCGGCUACAAGCUCUUCCUGGACGACCGCGACCUGCUGCCGCGCGCAGAGCCCUCCGCAGACCUCCUGGUGAACCUGAGCCGCUGCCGGCGCCUCAUCGUCGUGCUGUCCGACGCCUUCCUGGGCCGGGCCUGGUGCAGCCACAGCUUCCGGGAAGGCCUGUGCCGGCUGCUGGAGCUCACGCGGAGACCCAUCUUCAUCACCUUCGAGGCGCAGCGGCGCGGACCCCCGCACCCCGCCCUGCACCUGCUGCGCCAGCACCGACACCUGGUGACGCUGCUGCUGUGGAGGCCCGGCUCGGUGGCUCCAUCCUCUGAGUUUUGGAAGGAGCUGCGGCUGGCUCUGCCACGGAAGGUGCAGUACCGGCAGGCGCAGGGGGACCCCCAGACCCAUCUGCAGGAGGACGAAGACCCCAUGCUGAUUACGGGCGGGCGCCACCGGCAAGGCCGCGAGGGAGAUGCAGGUGCCCGAGGCCGAGUCUUUGCGGAGCCAUCAGCCCCAGUGCCCGCGCUGGGAGAGGGCCAGGGCAGCGAACUGGACGUGUCGGACCUGGGCUCCCGGAACUAUGGCGCCCGCACCGACUUCUACUGCUUGGUGUCAGAGGGCGACGUGUAGCCCCAGGUGCCCCAGGAACCCCAGAGUGACAGAAAAUAAAAGUCCCGGACUGCC